AUGUGCGAACUGAAAAAUGCAAUUUGUUCCAUUAAUGUUGGCAAAGCCACUGACUUUUAUGAUUUGUCAAUUGAAAGCAUUAAGUUUGGCGGAGAAACUCUUCAUGUGAUGUUGCUUCAGAUUAUUAACUUUAUUUUCGAUAAGGGUGAUGUUCCAUCUCUUCUGAAAAUUGGUGUCCUGUCUCCUGUCUACAAGAAUAAGGGAUCAUGUAAUGAUGUGUCAAACUACAGGGGUAUAACUGUUCUACCAGUGAUUGUGAAAAUUAUAGAAUCUAUAUUAAAGCAGCGUAUAGCCCCAUUGAUUGACAUCUGUCAAAGUCCGUAUCAACGUGGUUUUACAAAGAAUACUUCUCCACUUCAUGCAGCUAUUAUUUUUGAGGAAAUUGCCAGGAACUCCAAAGACGACAAUAUCCCCAUUGAUUUUAUUUUUCUGGAUGCUAAAUCUGCGUUUGAUGUUGUAUCCCAUGACCAUCUUCUACGCCGGAUGUAUCAAAUUGGUAUACAAGACAAACAUUGGACACUUUUAAAGAGUCUUCAUGAGGAAACUUCUAGUGUAGUUAAAUGGCAAAAUAGGGUUACAGAUGUCUUCAAUGUGAAACAAGGAGUGAGACAAGGUUGA